GUGUAGAUCUAGAAGAGACUGGAAAGGAGGGUGGAAAAAGCAGGGAGGUUAUGAGGCUUAAUAAAGAAGAUAUGCACUUAUUUGGCCAUUAUCCAGCUCAUGAUGAUUUCUAUCUUGUAGUGUGCAAUAUCUGCAAUCAGGUAGUCAAGCCACAGGUUUUCCAGUCACACUGCGAAAAUACCAGCAGUGCCUUCAAAUAA